GUGACCUACCCAUACCCAUACCCACCCGUCCAUUUGUUGCCCAGAGCGUCUACAGGAAACGAUUCUCGUUAUCGAAUUCCGCGGAUAAGAUCAAACACCACUCUGAUCUACUACCAUUUGCACCCACCAAGUAUCCUCUCGUGAUUCCUUCUUUUCCUAUAUAUAUAAGCGCACCCUCUUACUCUAAUCUCCUCCCGUUUCCAAACAAGCAAGCAUUCUUUCUUCGCCUUCACCCCUUUUUCAAAACACGAGGUCCAGGAUCAUGAAUAUUGCACAUUUCUUGUUCGGCAUAUUUGGAAAUGCUUCUGCACUUUUCCUCUUCUUGGCUCCAGUGUAGGCAUCCCACGACUCUCCUUCUCCCUCCCUCUCUAUACAUGAUUACAUUCAAGAGAAUCGUAAAGAACAAAUCCACGGAGAAGUUCUCGGGAAUUCCUUACGUCAUGACUCUGUUGAACAACCUACUUUCUGCUUGGUAUGGCCUACCGUUUGUGUCGCCUCACAACAUACUGGUCACAACCAUCAACGGCACCGGGGCCGUGAUAGAAAGCACAUACGUUUUGAUCUUCAUCAUUUUCGCACCCAAGAAAGAGAAGGCUAAGAUUCUUGGGCUAUUCGCGCUGGUCCUCGCAGUCUUUUCUGCCGUGGUGUUCGUCUCCCUCUUUGCCCUUCACGGCGGCCCCAGAAAGCUGUUUUGCGGCUUAGCCGCCACCAUAUUUUCCAUUAUCAUGUACGGAUCACCCCUCUCCAUCAUGAGGCUAGUGAUCAGAACAAAGAGCGUGGAGUUCAUGCCUUUCUUCUUGUCGUUGUUUGUGUUCCUGUGCGGCACUUCCUGGUUCACCUACGGGCUGCUGGGCCGAGACCCAUUUGUGGCGGUACCGAACGGUGUGGGUUCGGCGCUGGGGGCCACGCAGCUGGUACUGUACAUGAUCUACCGUGACAGGAAAAGCAGCUCCAAGAAGGACACCACAGCGAUUGAAGAUGAGAACGAAUCUAUGGAGAUGGGCGCCGCAAAACCCCCUCCUACUACUGAAGAAGCAAUUAUUGCUCAAUAAUAAUAAUGGACCUUAACAAGGGCACGUGUUCACCUGGGACGCGUGUUAGCUCUACGUACGCAGUCUCUUCUUAUAGUUGCUGUAGUUUCAUUCUAAAUGUUGGCUAUCGUAAUGUAGUUUACUGGACCCCUGAGGGUGAAUUCUCGUUUACUUCUUUAUUCCUCGCUGUGGUUGAAACGCCAUGAGAAAGGAUGUUCCCUUGACUGAUGACUGCCAAAGUCACUGAAAGUGUAAUGCCAUCCGUAAUCAUAAUUAAAUUCUGCAAAAAGGUAAGGAGAAAAAGGCGUCCUCUGCUACUAGCUAUUUGCAUAAUAUAAUCUGGGUGGACAGAGUUUUAGGGGGUCCAUAAUGAGGGGGGAAAAUGCUUUCUCAAUUUACAUCACGUAGCAUUUGUACGUUAUAUAUGGGACGUGGAUUGUUUACGUUAGAUGGCAAGUACAGCAUAUCCGAGUUUGGAAACAUAACGAAAUUAUUAAUUAUAUAACACAGGGUAUCAAUUAAACCAGCUUUCUGCCGGUCUGCGAUGCCUUUUCACAGACGCUGAUGCUUCCAUUGGUUCUCCUGUUUACCCCGUUGAUCUUUUCAUUUGGUGGAGUGGCAAGGGCAUGGAUCAAGGAGCAAAACAGAAUUUUGUUUAAAGGAAAUAUUAAUCCAUCGGUCAUUUUGGUAUUUGAUUAGGGAUCGUGAGCUCUGCAACUUUUUCUAUAUCUAUCAUAUAUGCCAAACUCCAAGUUGAAAAUUUAGCAGCUACAUCUCUAAUUAGUAGGGUCAUUUUGGUUUUAUUUAUUUUCAUUGCUUUCCUUAUUUCAUUUACAUGUAUGCACUAAACAUUAAUUAUUUGGAGAUCAGGUAAAUACCAAACAACGUUGCUUAGUACCUA